GUCAUUGGUCUAUCGUGAACACCGUAGAAAAGUUCUCAGAAAACAAUUCUAGAUGCAAGCCUCGUCGCAUUUGACGAGGAACUCGAUAUUUUGUACGAACCCAAUUCAAUCUCUCGGCACCUUAAGAAAGAGGCGCUUCUUCAUCCCGUCAAUACUGCCACGCCAUAUCUUCGUCCGUCCAAUUACGCCGCAAUCAUGUCCCUCCCAUCCCUCACCCUCCGCCGCACCUCCUCCAUUACCUCCAAUACCCUCCCCAUAAACUCCACCCUCACCCACCAAAUUCGACACGCCACCCUCCUUAAACGUCCUAUUCGACCAUAUACCUUCACACAACUCGUUACUUUAUCCGACGGUUCUACUUAUCUCACUCGAUCCACAUCUCCAGCGCCCAUUUACCGCAGUACAAAAGAUACACGAAAUCAUCCUUUAUGGCAGCCUUCUUUGGAUUCAUUAAGGAAUGUUGAGAAUGAUGAAGCAGGACGCUUGAGUGCAUUCAGAGAAAGGUUCGGAAGGGGAUGGGAUGGAGAAGUGGAAAAGGCAGAGGGAGAGGAGAAGUUGGCAAAGGAUGGAGAGGGUGCGAAGGCUGGUGAGGGUGUAGAGAGCAAGAAGGUAGAUCAAAUGGAUAGUUUGAUGGAUUUGAUUAGUGGAGGAGCUCAAAGGGAUAGUGCUAGUAUGAAGGGAACUGUUAGGACGAAGAGUGGAAAGGAGAAGAAAUAAAUAGGAGGGUUGAGUUGAAGGAUUGAGUGAGGGGUGGAGUGAGGGGUAUUAUUAUAAUGACUGGGAUGGGAAAUAUCUUGGUAUGAAGUUGGGGAAAUGUUAUUCUCCCUCGAGAACUUCAGAAAUUAUCAGACACAUCAAGUUGGAUUGUACGAUAAACGAGAGAAUAUCCCUCAUCUUGCCAUGUACACAUGUACAUAUACAUCGCCAAGGAGGUAAAAAGAAAUGCAUAGAGAUCAGGAUUGGGCGUUCA